AUGGUGAAGUACUUUUCUGUGGACUGGCUGGCCCAGAGCCAUCACACCACCACUCCGACUGAAGACCACGGAGCUGGCAUGGAUACUGCGCCGACCUGCAGACCUCACAUCCCCUGCUUGGUGCAGCCGCGUCCCCCGACUUUUGGCAAGGGCUACCUGCAGCCAAAACCCAAACCAUCAAAGCCCGUUGAACACAUGGAGCCAGCGGAGAUCAGCAGGCCUCUGGACUCCAGCCUGUGCUCACCUUCACAUUCAACAAGCUGCGCCUCACCAAUUUCAGAAAUCAGCGGGUACUCCUCCGGGUACGAGAGCGAAGCAGCUUCCUAUGAGUGCCUCUCUGUGGAUGAGGCCAGCGAGGCGGAGAGAGACGGGCCACAGCGCCGCGUGCGCACAAAGUUCACCCCCGAGCAGAUCAGCAAGCUGGAGAAGAUCUUCAACAAGCACAAAUACCUGGACGGUGGAGAGAGGACGAAGACAGCACAGAAGCUGAACCUCACAGAAACUCAGGUGAGGACCUGGUUUCAGAACAGGAGGAUGAAGCUGAAACGGGAGGUGCAGGACUACCUCGCCCCCCAAGUCCCAUCAGUGAUGUUCCAGCCUCUUCCCCCAGUUCAGUACCAUGGCAUGGCUGGACAGAGACCCCACUACCCCGCGACCGGCCCGGCCUUUUACCCGCUCCCCGUCCCGCAGAUGGUCCUCCAGCAACCUCUCCCCCCUCACCACCCUCCCCAUGUCAUGAUCCACAAUCCUCACUUCUACUGA